CAGUUUACAUCACUCUCCUUUUUACUUCUUCUGGCUUUUCCGCCCCCCUUCUCCUCCUUCCUUUUUCUUUCCCUCCCCAUUUCCCGUCGUAUAAAUACUCCUUUACUCCUCACCCACUACUCCCACAAACACAACCCGUUUCUCAACUUCUUUCCCUUCUUUCUGUCCAAAAAUGGCUGUCAAGAGCAAAAUGCAUCUCUUCCUUUUCCUUUCCCUUUUCCUUUUCCUCUCCCUCUCCGCGGCCGAAAAUAACGACAGUUCUACUCUUCCCCUCUCCCUUUCCUUCCCUCUCACCGCCGUCCGUCACAACAGCUCCUCCGGCUCGGAAAGUUCUGGAACUUUCCGGGCGGCUCUUAUCGCCAACCGCAAGCAGAACCCGAGGCUCCGAACGGCGUCGUAUAACUACAAGCUGUUGUUUAAGUACUCGAUGGCUCUGAUCGUGUCGCUCCCCAUCGGGACGCCGCCGCAGACCCAGCAGAUGGUGCUAGAUACCGGAAGCCAGCUGUCUUGGAUUCAGUGCGAUAAGAAGGCUCCCAAGGUUGCUCCCCCUCCGACUGCGUCGUUUGAUCCCUCUCUCUCAUCCACUUUCUCCGUUUUGCCCUGCUCCCACCCCGUCUGCAAGCCACGAAUUCCCGAUUUUACCCUCCCCACCUCCUGCGACCAGAACCGCCUCUGCCACUACUCCUACUUCUACGCCGACGGGACCUUCGCCGAGGGCAAUCUCGUCAGGGAGAAAUUUACCUUCUCUCGUUCCGUAACUACCCCUCCUUUUAUCCUCGGCUGCGCCAAGGACCCCAGCGAUUCGCAGGGCAUUUUGGGAAUGAACCUCGGUAGGCUCUCUUUCGCCUCCCAGGCCAAGAUCAACAAGUUUUCCUACUGCGUCCCGACUCGGGGCCGACAAACCAAAUCCGGGUCUUUACCAACGGGGUCGUUUUACUUGGGUAAUAACCCGAACUCUCGUUGGUUCAAGUACGUUAACCUGUUGACUUUCCGCCAAAGUCAGCGCAUGCCGAAUCUGGAUCCGCUGGCCUUCACGCUCCCGAUGCAGGGCAUAAGAAUCGGAGCGAGAAGGCUCAAUAUUCCGGCGACGGUUUUCCGACCCGACUCGAGCGGUUCGGGUCAGACCAUGAUCGAUUCAGGCUCGGAGUUCACCUUCUUGGUGGACGAGGCUUAUAACAAGGUGCGCGAGGAGAUCGUGAGGCUGGUGGGGCCCAGGAUCAAGAAGGGCUACGUGUACGGCGGAGUGGCGGACAUGUGUUUCCAAGGAACCGACGCGGUGGCGAUCGGACGGUUGGUGGGCGACAUGGCUUUCGAGUUCGAGAAGGGGGUGGAGAUCGUGGCGCCAAAGGAGAGGAUCCUCGCCGACGUUGGCGGCGGGGUCCACUGUUUAGCGAUCGGACGGUCCAACAUGCUUGGCGCCGCGAGCAACAUUAUAGGGAACUUCCAUCAGCAAAAUAUCUGGGUGGAGUUUGAUCUGGUGGGUCGCAGGGUUGGCUUCGGUAAGGCGGACUGUAGCAGAUUACCGUAAGGACGUUAUGGUAUUGUCACAUAAGUUAACUUCGCUACGGCUGUAUAAGACGACAAAAAUCUUACUAAUAGCACCAAUUUGGCACGUUUUAUAUCGGACGGCCUGCGUCACAGGCAGUAAUAUCACUGGUGUGUAGCUGGAAGAUCCUACGGUUAAGGAUCAACGAGAUAGUUUAGGAGCGAAAAAAUUGUUGUAUGUACCAUUGUACGAUAUAUGUCGAGACCUUUGAGACUAAUGUAUAUACGAGGAAAUGAACUGUUGUUGUUGGUAGAAAAA